CGCUUCUUGGACGCACUGCGGACACUUGUACGAGAUUUUGAUAUUCAUCGUUUCUUAGCCCCUCACCGGUUGUAAAACACCAUCACAACUUGGUAUAUCUGCCUGUCAACACUUUCUGGAGGAUUGAAAACACACCAAAAGGUGACUGGCCUUCGCCAUGGACCUGGUGCGCUUCGCUCUGGACCCUGACCGCCAGGAUCACGUCCCCGAAGAGGCUGUGGCUCCUCCAGUCCUUCUGGAUCGUCAGGUGGUGGAGCUUCCAGACUACUCUUCGGACGAGGACGACCAAGGUGAGUAUGGGGUAGGUAAUCUGAGACCUCAGUUUGGGUCAUCUGAUGAAGAGAGCGAGAGCAGCGACUCUGGGUCAUCUGAUGAAGAGAGCUGGGAGUCAAGUUUUACGUCAACUGAUUCUGGCUACGAGAGUCUCUCUGAGGAGGAAGAGGACGAAGAGAAAGAAGAAGAAGAAGACAGGGUAGAAGAGACCGAAGAUGAAGAAGAGGAAGAGAGGGAAGAAGAGAUGGCUCCUCAGCAGCAAGAACAGAGACUUUCCCUGGCCAUCAGCGCUCUCCUCUCCACUGCUCGCGCUUCUGCUUCCCGCCCUCUCCCUAUGGGUCCUGCGCCGGACUUCAUUCCGCUUGAUGGAUGGCAGCACUACAGGGUUGGAGAACAUGUGUUGAAUGGUGGCAGGUGGGAAGGCUUUACUGUUCAACCUGUGGAGCCCGAGGGUCGCGCUCCGACCCCCUCUCCUCAGGAGCGAGCACAGAGACCUUCCCUGGCCACCAGAGAACUCCUCUCCGCCGCUCUGGACUUCAUUCCCCUCAGCGGAGGCAAGCGCGCCAGGGAUGAUGAUGAAGACAAGGGAGGCCCCAGCUCCAAGCGGCCGUGCCUCUCCUCCUCCAACCCAGACCCCUCUACAUCUGACCCAGGUCCCUCCACCUCCUCUGGGACGUCUGGAGGCUUCAGGUGCCAUUUCCACCAGCAGCUCCACCUGCACCAAGACUCGGACUUGGACUGAACUCAGCCUCUGAGACUCAGAGCUUGGCUCAAUGCGGCGACUUUACCACCUUCAACCCCGCCCAU